AUGAUGAAUCGGCUAUUCGGAAAACCCAAGCAGGAGACAAAUGCUCUUCAAACAUUAGACAAGCUAAACGAGACUCUCGAGAUGCUAGAGAAAAAGGAGAAAGUACUCCUGAAGAAAGCUGGACAAGAGGUUGAGAAGGCUAAAGAAUACACUCGCGCAAAGAACAAACGCGCGGCUAUACAGUGUUUGAAAAGGAAGCGGUUAUACGAGCAACAAGUCGAACAGCUUGGGAAUUUCCAGCUGCGUAUACAUGAUCAAAUGAUUAUGUUAGAAGGCGCAAAAGCAACAACCGAAACUGUAGAUGCUUUGAGGAGUGGAGCUUCUGCAAUGAAAGCAAUGCAGAAGGCAACAAAUAUUGACGACGUGGACAAGACCAUGGACGAGAUCAAUGAGCAGACCGAGAACAUGAAACAGAUCCAAGAAGCAUUGUCGAAUCCAAUCGGGGCGGGGGCUGAUUUCGAUGAGGAUGAGCUUGAAGCAGAGCUUGAAGAACUAGAAGGUGCAGAGCUUGAAGAGCAACUUCUUCAGCCGACUACUCCAUUGCCUUCAGUUCCCGUCGCCGGCGGGCGCCAACCCAAUCGUCCUGCUCCUCAGAAGCGGACCGCUGAGGAUGACGAGCUCGCUGCAUUACAGGCUGAGAUGGCCCUCUAA